AUGGCAGAUCUUGGUAGCUACGGUAAUGCCGACCGCGACAUCGAGCAGUAUCUCCUGACCCUGAGUGAAAGAGCGUGGAAUAUGAAGGAGAUGUUGGUACGAUCUGUGUACAUUGCUUUAAAUUUUGUGAGAGGAGAAAAAGAUAAAAAGGACGAAACAUCUUUAAUUUGGAUUUCUAGUAGUGGUGAAAGGAGUUUGAAGUUAGCUUCAGUCUCAAGGAUCAUCCCCGGACAAAGAACUGCUGUUUUCCAACGUUACCUGCGUCCCGAGAAGGAGUACCUAUCAUUCUCUCUCAUAUACAACGACGGGAAAAGAUCCCUUGACCUGAUCUGCAAGGACAAAGUCGAGGCUGAAAUCUGGAUAGCCGGUCUUAAGGCAUUGACAUCAUCUGGACAAGCUGGGCGCUCCAAAAUCGACGGAUGGAGUGAUGGAGCCUUCUAUUUUGACGACAAUUCAAAUCUAACAUCAAGCAGCCCAAGCAGCAGCUCAGCAAGCGCCACUCGAGGACUCAGCUCUCCCGACCUCUCGACCCACCUGGACAGGUCACAUGUAGCUUCUUCUGACCCUUCAACAAGCAUGCAGGCCAAAGCAGCAUCCAAUACCACCAACGACACUCUCCGAGUCAGCGUGUCGAGCGCUCCCAGCACUUCCAGCCACGGCUCUGCCCCCGACGACUGUGACGCUCUCGGCGACGUCUACAUAUGGGGCGAGGUCAUCUGUGACCUCAUCGUCAAAUCUGGUCCCGACAGAACCUCCGUCAGCACAAGAGCCGAUAUCCUCUCCCCCCGCCCUUUAGAGUCUAACAUCGUCCUCGACGUGCAUUACAUCUCGUGCGGCGUUCGCCACGCGGCCCUCGUGACCCGAACUGGCGAGGUCUUCACCUGGGGUGAGGAAUCCGGCGGCCGGCUCGGCCACGGACUCGGACGCGACGCGGCCCACCCACGUCCCAGCGCCGCGUCGCCGAGGGAGGUGGAGUCGCUGACGGGGCUGCGGACGGUGGCGGUGGCGUGCGGGGUGUGGCACACGGCCGCCGUGGUGGAGGUGAUCGCGACCCAGCCGAGCGCGGGGAAGCUCUUCACGUGGGGAGACGGGGACAAGAAUCGACUCGGGCACGGGGACAGGGAGGCUCGGGUGAAGCCCACGUGCGUGCCGGCACUCAUCGACCAUAACUUCCACAAGGUCGCGUGUGGACACAGCCUCACCCUCGGGCUUACUACCUCGGGCCGAGUCUUUGCUAUGGGGAGCACGGUCUACGGCCAGCUCGGGAACCCACAAUCUGACGGCAAGUUGCCGUGCCUGGUUGGCGACAGGCUGGCGGGCGAGUGCGUCGAGGAGAUUUCGUGCGGGGCAUACCACGUGGCUGUCCUGACAUCAAAGAACGAGGUCUACACGUGGGGAAAGGGUGCCAACGGGCGAUUGGGACACGGGGAUUUAGAGGACAGAAAGUCGCCGAUGCUUGUCGAGGGUUUGAAGGAUCGGCACGUGAAAUCCAUAGCGUGCGGAUCCAACUACACGUCGGCUAUAUGUGUACACAAGUGGGUCUCGGGGGCCGAGCAGUCCCAGUGCUCGGCCUGCCGGCAGGCGUUCGGGUUCACACGGAAGAGGCACAACUGCUACAACUGCGGGCUCGUCCACUGCCACGCGUGCAGUUCGCGGAAAGCGGUGCGGGCAGCGCUGGCGCCGGACCCGGGCAAGCCUCACCGGGUGUGUGACCCUUGCUACGCGAAGCUGGCCAAGGUGGCAGAGGGCGUGGUGGCCCACAGCCGGAGGAACUCUUCCGGGCCUCGGCUCUCCGGCGAAAACAAGGACAGGCUGGACAAGGCCGAUCUGCGGCUGGCGCAGAAGUCGGGCGUGGCAACGUCCAAUUUCGAGCUGAUGAAGCAGCUGGACAGCAAGGCGGGCAGGCAGGGGAAGAAGGGGGACACGUUUUCGUUAGCCAGGUCAUCACAGGUGUCCCUGCUCCAGCUGGGAAGGGAGGCUGUUUUGUCGGCAGCCGUUAGGAAUGUUGUGCCGAAGCCGAUAGUUGCACCGUCGAGCGUGAGCUCGAGGUCCGUUUCGCCCUUCUCGAGAAAGCCGAGUCCACCAAGGUCGGCCACGCCUGUGCCGACAACUUCGGGACUUUCUUUUGCGAAGAGCAUUUCGGAUAGUUUGAGGAAGACGAACGAGGUUCUGAACCAGGAAGUGCAUAAGUUGCGGGUGCAGGUUGAAAACCUUAAGAGCAGAUGCGAACUGCAAGAACUGGAGCUUCAGCAGUCGGCUAAAAAAACCCAGGAAGCAAUGGCUGUGGCUGCCGAGGAAUCUGCUAAAUGCAAAGCUGCCAAAGAAGUGAUUAAGUCACUUACGGCGCAGCUAAAAGACAUGGCUGAGAGGUUACCACCUGGGGCAUACGACCCAGACAGCCUGAAGCUAAUUUACCUGCCAAACGGCUCCGAACCAAAAGGCACCACCCACAAUACAGGCGAAAAUGGAGAAACCAAUUCAAGAACGGAUGCACCAAACAAUUCCUACUCUGGAACUGAUUCGAGUAUGCUGGACAGAGCACGGGGCCCAUCAGAACUGCUCGGUGAUGAUUCCUUAAUUUCCAAAGGUGGCGGCGGCAGACAUGGCCAGGCUCAUCGGGACAGCAUGUCCGAAAAUAUCGAGUCCAAAGAGUCCAUGUCAUAUCGGGAUAGUGACGCCAGCUCAAGAUCGAGAAAUACAGUUGUCCCAAGCAUCGAGGCUGGAUGGAUCGAACAAUAUGAACCGGGUGUGUAUAUAACUCUCGUGGCCCUCAGUGAUGGGACGAGAGAUCUCAAACGCGUACGGUUCAGCCGACGAAGAUUUGGGGAACACCAAGCAGAGACUUGGUGGUCAGAAAAUCGAGAGAGAGUGUAUGAGAAGUACAAUGUGCGCGGUUCGGAUAAGUCGUCGGUUUCCGGUCAGGCUGCACGGAGGUCGGAAGGGGCAUUUUCGCCUUCUUCUCAAGUUUAG